AUGGAGGAUGAAGGCAGGCGGAAAGCGUUGAAGCUCGACCUGGGCAACCUCACAGAGAAGAACAUGGGCCAGCUGAAGAAACUCAACACAGCUACCUUCCCAGUGAAAUACAAAGACCAGUUCUACCUGGACCUGGUGAAGUACUUUGACUAUUGUCGCCUCGGCUUCUAUGCAGAUGUUCUGGUUGGGUCCAUGUGCUGCCGAUUAGAGGACAGAGAAGAUGGUGGCAAGGCUCUAUACAUCAUGACCCUUUCCAUUUUGGAGCCCUAUAGGAAGCGCAACUUGGCAUCCCAGCUGGUCCAGUGGAUACUGGACAGAGCACAGAGCAAGGAAUGCCAGGAGAAAGAUGUUCGAGAGAUCUAUUUGCAUGUGCAAACAUCCAACAAAACUGCAUUGCAGUUUUACAAGAAGUUUGGUUUCAAGGUGACGGAGAAGAUUUGUGACUACUAUCACAACAUUGAUCCACCUGAUUGCUAUGUACUGCGCCGCCCUAUGAACGGCCAUGACCUUGCGCACGAGGUUUUGGACAUCAAUCCGUGA